GUAUAUAAGCCCCACCAAACAGCCUCAAGUCAUACUCAGUCUCUGAAGUCACUAGUGGAUAUACAUUCAAGUGAUUUCACACAUUGUGGAUAUACCAGAGUGCAUUUCUCAUUGGAUUAUACUGUGUGCACUGGAUUACUAAACAGACUCAGAGUGUACUGUGUACAUCAGCCUCUCAACUAUACAUCAACAGAACAUAAAGUAUUCCUUGUGUCUUUGGACCAUACUGCAUAUGCUGUUCAAAAUGUCAUCGACUCAAAGUGAUGAACAAACUGUGAUGAAUCCCAACAUUGGAGAGGUGCUCGAUCUGAGGAACGCGAAAGGACAUGGAUUCUAUUGUUACGAAUAUGAUGGACUGUAUUUGUUUGUGCCGCCCCCUUCCGUACUGAAGGGAGGUCAUCAUGUAGACAAACUCAGAAGUAUCAGCGAAGCCGAACUGAAGGACGAUGACAUCAUGAUCUGUGCGUAUCCCAAAUGUGGAACCCAUUGGUUGUGGGAAGUCACCAAGAUGCUUAUCAGUGGGACCAUCAAGUAUGAAAAGGGUGUGAAAGAGUCCAGGAUGUUGGAAUGGACCUUCAAGGAUGGAAUAGAAGCAGUGCCACCUCCACGUGUCUUCAACACCCAUCUCCCUCUGCGCAUGCUCCCUAAACAGGUCGUGGAGAAGAAGAUCAAGUGUAUCCAGAUCAUGCGGAAUCCUAAAGAUGUUUGUGUGUCCUACUUCAACCACCUCAGAGACAGGGCAAAACCGUGGGGUUAUGACGGGGACUUCUCCGAGUUUACAGAGACAUUUCUCGCAGGGAAAUUGCCGGAUGGAUCCUAUCCCAACUAUCUGCGUGCAUGGAAAGUUGAAUUGGCAGCUGCACCAGAUUUACCAGUCUUGCAUUUGUUUUAUGAGGAGAUGCUCCUUAACCCUCUCAGGACUGUGAAAGACAUCGCGAGAUUCCUAGGCCUUUCAUCUACAGACCAGUUCUGUGAAGACGUUGCGGAUGCAUGUUCCUUUAAGAAGAUGAAAAAAGUUGAUCAGGAAAUGAAAACUAAAUUAGACAUGAAGAUCUGGGCAGAUGGCUCGGAAGGAACUUUCUAUAGAAAAGGUGAAAUCGGAGACUGGAAGAAUUGGUUCACUGUGGCAGAAAAUGAGAGAUUUGAUCAAAUAUGGAAUGCCAAGAUGAAGGAUUCUGGUUUCGAGUUUACCUAUGCGCCUGCAUGAGAUCGAAGCAAAUGCAAUGGCUUCAUGCAAACUGAUAUUUCAAAAUUAUGAUCGCUAAGAACAUGGUGCUUUAUAAUGUUUCAUAAAAUCAUUUUACAUGGGCAAGAUGAUGUCAGACGAUGCUUUCUUUAUGAAUUUACGUAACACAUGACAGACUUCAUUAUGGCCCUUCCUUCCACGUUUAAUGAAUUUGUUGCUAAUAAGUUUUAGCGUAUUAGCGGUAUAGGUUCUUCAGAAUGUCAUGGCGUUGUGCUUCGACGGUAAUGGUAGUUGUGAUUAAUGACACCAACUGAAUGACGUCGUUCGGAUCUAUCAUGAGACAAAAACAUACACACUAAUGGAGGUAAAAGUAAGUUCACGAAACCACUCACUACUGAUAUAUUGAGAAUACAACAAAACAAUUAUCAUAUUCAAAAGAUUUCUGCCCAAAGCAGAUUGAAUAACAUUUCUGUGUUCUUAUUUGAGCUGAAGAUGUCGUUGUCGGCACGGAUCCUAUAGAUCGGUAUCCCAGGUCCGUUUACCUUACCCAAGCCAAAAUCUGAAUACAUCACAUCUACCCUGGGACAAACUGAAUCGCACUGAUGUAGGUAGAAGUAAAUUGGACACACCAAUGUGUAUACUACUCACUAUUGAUAAAAAAGCAACACAACCCUUCCUAUAUUUGACAGAUUUUCUGACAAAAGCAGACUGAAUACCUCUAAGGUCCUAAAUGACCUCGACAUGUUCUCCCAUGGUUCACUCAUUUAGCGAUUAUUUCUUCGUGAGCUGAGAUUUGUAAAUCGGUAGUGCUCUUCUGCUUUUUAUGAGGAACUGUGUGAUUGCUUGGCAUGAUGCGUUUUCCAUUCAGAACUGGCUAAUUCGAAGACAUGGUCUGGAAAAUAAAAUCACUAUAUUAGGCUGACCCUAUGGAAAACAUACACUAAGGCAGAUAGACUACCACACUAUUGUUCAUGACCGAAACUCACACACCCCAGUGUCACGUACAUCAGCCAGGCUUGUUUGUACAGGACCAAUCAGCCCUCCCACCAACAAACAUCCCCAAGCCAUAUAAUCCAGUUUGACAAGAAUGAGGAUUGAACAAAAAGAAAAAUGUUUAGAAGCCAUCGAAAUCCGCUGCCACAAGCAUACCAUCGGCCUACGAAGAGAUAGUCAAGCUAUAGACUGUUUCUGUUCGCAAACUAUGAGUCUGUAUUUUACUGGUUUACCACCAAAUCGUUCCUGCUCAAUGGCUGCAUGGCCCGUGCUGUUUGUCGUUCUCACUUCCCACCUGGCCUCUUCCUAGCAUGUACCACUUGUUAUUCAAUUAUAUGCUGUUGUUAAUGCCAGUUUGAUGGUCACAACGCACUUUGUAUAUUUACUUCUCAUCACUUGAUUGUAGCCACUGUUAGCUUGAUAAUGAAGAAUAAAUCGACAGUGAAACGUCGCUCUGUGCAAUAAACAAGAAGUUGUUAUCCAUAAA